AUGGCGACACACAGAUUCAAUCCACAGUUCACCGAUGAUGUCAUCAAUUCGAUAGGUCCGAAGACCUCACCACGUAUGCGCCAGCUCAUGACAGGGCUGAUUCGCCAUGUGCACGACUAUGCGCGCGAAAACGAGUUGACCGUUGACGAGUGGAUGGCCGGUGUUAAGAUGCUCAACUGGGCUGGACAAAUGAGCGAUGAUAAGCGGAAUGAGGGACAGCUUGUUUGCGAUGUGAUUGGACUAGAAUCCUUGGUUGAUGAAAUCACUUUCACUCUAGCUGGGGAAGCCAAAGAUGCUCCCACUGCCACCGCCAUUUUGGGACCUUUCUUCCGCGCUGAUACUCCAUAUCGCGCCAAUGGAGACGAUAUUGUGAUAUCAAAGCCAAAAGAUGCCGAGAUGGCUUUCAUGCACGGCCGAGUUUUGGACUUCGAGACUGGCCUACCCCUUGUCGGUGCCACUGUCGAGGUGUGGCAGGCAUCUACCAACGGAUUAUAUGAACAACAGGACGAUAAGCAAGUUGAGUUCAACUUGAGGGGCAAGUUCCUUACAAAUGCCGAGGGCCACUACUACUUCUACUGCAUGCGCCCAACCCCAUACCCUGUUCCGGAUGAUGGCCCCGCAGGCAAACUUCUCGAACUCAUGGAUCGCCACCCUUUCCGCCCUGCUCACAUCCAUAUUAUUGCUACUCAUGACGGUUAUCGCCCUCUAACCACACAGAUAUUUGAUGCCAAGAGCAAAUACCUAGAAAAUGACUCUGUCUUUGCUGUCAAGGACUCACUGGUUGUCGACUUCAUUCCUCGUGACGGUGAUGCUCGCGCUGAACUUGAGCUUAACUACGAUGUUAAGUUAGUAAAGUUUGAGCAAAGCAGCUCUGACCACUCAACUCACUCAAUCCAUAAGGCAUCCUUAUGA